GAGUCCAGACGAUGCUGGUAUCAUAGCUUUAGACCUCAACGAUUACUGGGUGCGACGACGACGACAACGAGGCACAACCCUCCUCGCGCCGCCAGCGUCUGCUUCUGUCACCACUUUCUGUUGCCUCGGCGACGAGCGCCGUCUAGAUUUGUCGAAUUCGUUCCUGCAUCAGAGAUGGGUCCGUAAGUUUGUCUGGGCCCGUUGCAACCGGCAGCAUUCAAGUUUGCUUCGUGCCGGUGAAAAUUUCUACUCCGGAUGCAGUUACUAGACUCGGACCGUUUCUACAGAGGUUAUUGUUAUGAUUGCCAGUUUCGGUGGGUGAAAUCUGAAGUAUUGAGUGAAGGUGGGAGUGGCGAUGGGUAUGGCGCAGGAAAUCGUUAAGUUGUCAACUUGGGACUGUGAGAACAUUCUUCGAUCACGCCUGGUGUGGCAGGUGGAGAUUUGAGCCGUGGAAUUGAGAGGUUCGAGGUCAGGUUUUUGUUCCCUGAGAACAGGUUAUUAGGUGUGUGUGCGGAUACUCCUCAUUCCGGGUGUGUCGCAGUGAAUUCAGCCUCCUUCAGUAAGCGAAGUGCGUUCAGAUGAACAAGGGCUGGCUUUAAGGGUGCUGCUGAAGUUUUAUAGCGAAAGACUUGAUCAUCGGAGUGCUGAGAAGCGAUGAAUCUGGCGGUCGAGGUCCGAAUGUUGUGCAAUUGCUCUCGUGCACGUGGAUAUCCCAGGUUGAUGAUUGUGUCCAGCGCGUGAGCGUGGCAAUCGAUCGACACGGUAAGGUACUCUGCAGCCUUCAUGUCGAAGAGACCGUUAAUUCUCUUCAAAACGAGUGCUCGAAACUUUAUAUGUGGGAGAAUGAUUUGGGAAUUAGUCGCUUGUAACGCGGAGAAAUUCUCAGUAUUGAUGCCGCUCAUGUGUAGCGUUUGAGUUUUACUGUGCGUUUCCUUCUAUACGUAGCCAUGGAGAGGCGAAAGGGAGAUGUGAAGAGGAGGACUUCAAGCAGAAAGCAACGAGCUAUCUUGAAUGUUCGACAGGAAUCCGUGCGUGCGAAAGAGGAACGCCUCAGUAGCACCGCUCACUCUACUAGCUUGAAUGCUAAUGGAGGAGAGCUUCCGCUGUCCGACUUUCCUACCCAGUUAAAGGACUCGAGUCUUAACAGUCGAAACGCUCGUGUCAGGAGCGAUGUCAGCGUCGAUGUUAAUCUAGGAAAAGAGGAUUGUAGAUGGCCUCUAAAAUGCACAGAAGUCGCCACCUGGGCAAGUAGCUUCCGCUUUGAGCUCGACACACAAGAUGGCCAGAAGGUGCAGGCAAUGCUAGAGGAGGAUGCAUGCGACUCCAGAAGGAAAACUGGCGACGAGAAUUCGAAGGAGACUUUAGGCGGAAGUUUCCGGUUUAGGAAUAGAGUUUUAGAGCUGAGUGGACACCCUGUUGGGUUUCUGAAACCGCCGAGGCAGUUGGAGGAAGCUUUAAGCGCCGACAGAUUUCCUGCAUGUGCCAUGACCAAUGUGCACUCUACGAAUGCAGAGCAAGCACGGGAUGAAUUGGAAUCGAGAGACGGUUGGGAAUUGGCGCAGGCCAAGACACGCAACAGCCUGCAUGUCGCCGUAAGUGUGCCAAACUCGCCGGUUAUGGGGACGAAUCAGCGAAAACUCGGUGAUUUUAAAUCUCGUCCGUCCACCCCAGGGUUAGUGUCAGCUGAUAUGGUAAGCUACCAGGAGGAGAUGGCCAUAAUGGCUGUCGAGAGAGAUGACCUCCAGCACAAGCUCAAGUCAAGUACGCAAUUGCUGAAAGGGAUCGACUCUGGGGAAAAUUCUGACUCCACCCCAGUCAAGGAGCACCUGGUUCCAAGAAAAUCUCGAUGCAGCCAACAGGGGAACGAGUUUGGUGAGCUAGACAUCAUGCCGAUUGCCAUCAGGAGGAGAAUGAAGGAUGGUGAAUCACAGUCGUCCAGACCAACUCGCAUCAGUUCUUCCAGACUUUCACAAGAGCAGGCGAUCGCUCCAAUGUCAGUGAGGUCCAGAAAUGGCUCCGUACAAGAGCAGAUUGUUAGCAUUCGGAAGCAAUUCCUAGAUACGGUGGAGAAUAUCAACAUCCCUUCUGAUGACCACUCACCUUCCUUUUCGGCUGCUAUACCAUUCAAGUGGGAGGUGGAGCCUGGUAAGCCCAAGACCGACGCCGCCACCGAAAAGCGUGUAAAGUAUCACAAACAGCAUAAACAGGGGACACCGAGGAGCAACUGUUUGGAAUCUGAAUUGCACUCUUCGCAGAGAGCUGAUGAAAAAUUAAUUGGUUCGCAAGAUUGUGGGAUUGGCAAUGACUAUGGCGACAAUAGGUGCACCAGCAGCCAUCGAUUCUAUGAUGCAGCGGAUUCGUUAGGACAUUCGAGACAAUCGAGCUUGGGACACUCGAGCAGAAGGUAUGACUCGAGGGUAACUGGCAUUGACCUGGAUGGAUCUGCAGCGUCAAAGUUUUUAGUUGAACAGUAUGAUACACCCUUGGGCACCCCUAGCAAAUAUGUGUCGUCGCCUUCAAUUGCUGUGCCUUUCGAGUGGGAGGAUGCCCCAGGGAAAGCCAAAGUGGAGUCUAGUCUCGCAGCACAAAGCUCUAAAACGCUGCAGCUGCCUCCUCGGCUCGCAGCCCCCUACUCCUACCGCAGCGCGGAAAGCCUUUCUCGGGAGCUUCGGGCUUCCCACCCUGGCUUAGCCGGAUUCUUCGCGCCCUGCUUGUCAUCAUCGGCACCGGUCCUGAGGCAGAGUGAUCGUGUGCUAGUGCAGUAUACUUCAAGUAAAAGUCUACCUCCAAGGUUGCCACCACAAGCCAGUCCACCCGAACAGCGCCGACGACGCCAUGGUCUCGUUGGUCGCUGCAUUUCUAUACCUCAAGAAGGAUGCCAAGUCAGAGUUAUCAAAUCUUUCAUCGAAGAUUCAUUCAAUGACAAAGUUCCAUAUCCUGAUAGCUCCAAUAAGGCAGUUGGUGAUGCACCAUCGACCGCCAGUUCACCAGGUCUGAAACUUGGAAGUUCGAUCAGCGCAGAGACCACACACUCUCCAUUACGGACACAGAGGGGCAGAAACCGUUAUGCCCCCCCAUCACCCACGAGCAUCUUGUGUGGUCCAGACGAGAGCAGCAGCCUCACCUCAACUUCAGCGUCCAACACUAAUUUCUCGAGUGGAGAUAUGGAGGAUUUUAAUGGACAAAAACACCGUUCAGCGUCCCAAUCUGAGUCCAAAUCGAGCUCCUCUUACGGGUCCAUUGAGGAGGGUUUCCCAGAAACAGUGAGUCCUUCGUGCAGCGCCUUGCAUACUCCACAUUCCUCUUGCCGUCAACGUUCUGCAGUGGACUCCUCCGGAAAAGGGCCCUAUUCCUGCAGGACGAGAGGACCUCUGGAUGCCAUGAAUAAACUCGUAGACAAGAACAAAAGCCAGGGACUGCAUGCAACAACCCAUAGCUCGGAGGUUUGCUCUCCUACAGCAACAAAAUAUUUCCAAUCCCGAGAGAUUACUGAAGCUGCGAUAGCUACCACAACAUCGACAUCUACUGAGGACAACUCUUGUCUGCUUGACAAACGGAGAGCACCAACUUCAAGUGGAUACCUCAAUUGCGAAGGCGAGCCGCUUGCUAUCAAAGUUCUACCCACUAUUCAAUCACUGCUGCAACUAGACAUCCCGAAUUCCAAUGAGAAAGGGUCUUCGAUGUGUCCGCCGAGGCUUCCCUACACAAUGCCAGCUGGUGCAAUCCAAGUUCUCUCCUCCGCCAGAAAAUCUGCCAGAGAACAGCUCAUUCAACACCCCAGUCCUCGAUUUCUGGAGUACUUAGGAAGACGGCUAGGCUCAUGCCACAAAUCGGGCAGCAACAGCCCUAACCCAGCACAACGAGAAAGGUACAUGAUUUCCUGCCAUAGAUUUGCGGAAGUGUCUCCAUCCUCGGAACAUGCAAAUUCCAUAGGAUUUUUGUCACCGGGGGUAAAUCUUGAGGCUCAGCAACGGAACGAGAAGACGCCCCAACCCAAGACGGAACCUGCUAGAUCUCGCCGACGAGCUCGAUUCAUGUCGUCAAUUGGCAAGGCCCUCAAGCGCAUUCUCAAAAGACAACGGCGACGUAAGGCCAUUGAGCCCCCGAGUGUAUAUCGCAAUGGACCUGCCCUCACAACUCAAUCUUCCAAGCUCAAUUGAGACACAGACGUCUCAGACCUGGAGACUCAGCAAGGCUCGAUCAUCUCCGUAUGCUACUGCACAAAUCCGGCGUGAAUUAAACAUGGUUCAUUAUGCUGUCUGCUGGAGACUUCCGCUUCCUCAUCUGGAAGUUCAAUAACACAGCUAAGAAAAUUGUGGCUUCAAAUCAGGCUUGGCUGACUUCUUGUGCAUAGCAAUCAGUGAAACGUGACAUGCAUAACCAACCCUCUUGCACACGAUUGAUGAACAAACUGUGACGGGAGUUUUGCGUAGUGGCUUUCCCGUAAGAUUGGCAUAAUGUUAUAUAUGUGGUAUAUACUGUACAAUCAACAAGCUGCACUAGAAUGAGCUUACUGUAAUUGGUGAAUGAUCUAUUUGUCCCAAUUGUAACAACAUACACCCCAGUGGCUAAUCCACACACUGAGCAUGUGCCCAGAAGCAUCCACAUGACAGCUUCGACAUCCAUGUGAUAGCAGUGGAGUUCUGUGAUAAGUUGCUCUUGUGUAAGCUUGCAUUCUCGCAGUCUUAGUGAUGUUAGAUUCCAGUGCGUUUGCAGUCUUUGCACGGAACAGCUGCUUGCUUUCAGAUGCACUUCAAUCUCUUCUAAUAAAACCAACCUGCAGAGUUGAAUUGAUCUGUAA